AACGCGGUAGUUUCCUCUGUGGGGAAAGAACUGGAGCUGAAUGACGAUAUUAUUCAUUGUGACGUAUGAGAAACAACACCGAUCCCGAACGACAAGUGACCGAAGUGGCCACCAACGUCACAAGUAACUAUCAUGUUUUACCCACAUAGAUCCGAUGUGAGCUCUCGAGGGUAGCAUAAAAUGAUUUCGUCAUCACAUAGUUCAUAGCAUAUAGUUUGCACAUCUGCGCCUACUCGAUCUCGUCAACAUAAUUACCUACCAUACAGCUUGAAAGAUGCCGACUAUUCAAAAAUUGAACACUGGUGCCUCCAUCCCAGCCAUUGGCUUUGGCACUUGGCAGGACAAAGAAGAGCAGGAGGAUGCCGUUCUUGAGGCACUGAAAGCUGGCUACAAACACAUUGACACGGCACACAUCUACGGCACGGAACCUGCAGUUGCAAAAGCCAUCAAAAGAUCCGGGGUAGACCGCAAAACCCUCUUCAUAACCACCAAGCUCUGGAACAACGCCCACGCACCAGAGGAUGUCGAACCAGCUCUCAAUGACUCCCUCAAAGCUCUGCAGACCGACUACGUCGAUCUCUACUUGAUGCAUUGGCCUGGGGCCUUCAAAUCCGGCUCUGAACUGAUGCCUAAGGAUGCGAAUGGCAAGAUGGAGACGGCGAAGAUCGAUUACCUCGAUACGUGGAAGGCGAUGGAGAAGCUCCUUGACACGGGAAAGGUGAAGGCCAUUGGAGUGUGCAACUUCAAUAAGGCUGAAAUCGAGAGGAUUUACAAGGAGGGGAAGGUACCACCGGCUAUGCAUCAGGUGGAGAUGCAUCCGUGGUUGCAGCAGACUGAGUUCGCGGAGUGGCACAAGAUGAAGGGUAUUCAUAUGACGCAGUACUCGCCCUUUGGGAACCUCAACCAGACCUACGAUGCUGGGAAGAACUUGGGCAAGCUGACGGAGGAGCCUGUCCUUGUGGAGAUUGGUAAGAAGUAUGGAAAGAGCGGUGCACAAGUUGCCCUCGCCUGGGGUGUUGCUCAUGGCAGGUGUGUGGUGCCAAAGAGCAAGACUCCUCAGCGGAUUAGAGAUAAUUUGGAGGGAGACUUUAAGCUUAAAGAUGAGGAUGUUAAGAAGAUUGACGGACUGGAUAAGAAGUUGAGAUUCAAUGACCCAUCUGGGUCGUUUGGAUAUAACUUCCACGUUGGUCUGGAUGGAAAGAAAUAAGAUCGAUACGAGUUUAAAAUCUACUGUACAAUAUCUUGAAUUACACAAUUUCACAACUGGC